GUUGUCUGCAAUAGAUUGUCGGGCAGCUCUACGCAGCCGCAGUUUUGACUCCGCCCACACUGCCAGAGCAGUUCGGCGGUUGGUGCUGCCGGAUAAAGCCUGUGUGUGGGCCUGAGCAGAUUAAGCGAUAGGAUGUCCAACACCAGGAAGCGGAAAAGGACGACUGGAAUGGUGGAGCGAUUCUUAUUUUUGAGUGGUGAUCAGGAUGUGGAGGCAACCUGCAAGAGAGCAAGUACUCUUGCUAAGAAAUUUACACCUUCAGUUGCAAAAUCAUGGAAUCAGUGUGGCAAAGGUUUUCAAGCAGUUUCAUCAAUGGAAGGUAGCAAGUCUAUGGGAGAAGAGAAAACGGUAGUCCGUAGUCUCACAUCUGUACUUCAUUCUGACAGAGCAGAUCCUGGCAGUCAGAGCUCUGAGGAAAUUGCAGAAAUCACAUGGAGCUCCAGUGACAGUGAUUUGUCAGGUGGAGAGUUACUGAUGAAUAAUUCGAGAUGUUUGAAGGAAAGAAGAUCUGUCCUAAAAGGCCAAAGUACAGAGAACUCAUAUCAUAAAUACAUCUGCAUGAUUAAUUCAUUAGCAGACAGCCAGUCCAGUGAAGAAGAUAUACCUGCUAUUGACUGGGACAGUUUGAGUGACAAGGAUGCAACUUCUGACGAAAUAGAGUGCUUGGUUGAUCCCAACUGUAUUGAUUCAGAUACAUCAAGUAGCCAUAAUGGGGGCAACAGAAAUUAUGUAAUUCAGCAGUCUGAAUCAUUAAUGACGGCAGAAGAUAUUCUGGAGUUUUCAUCUGAUAAUGAAAGCACAAAAGAACGUGAGUGGUGCACAAAGUCCAUUCCAUCUACUUCUGCAUCACCACCUAUACCUAAUUGUGGAUCAGAACAUGGCAGGACCAUGCGAUCAGCAAGCAACUGGUUGAGAAGUGCACAAGCAUUUCUACAGACGCCUGACAAGCAAAAGAGAAAACAAUUCAAAACUCCAGAAGAUUCUGCCAAAAAAAGAAAGAAAUUUAUGAGGGGAGGGCUAGCAGAGAGAUUAAAUAGGCUACAGUGCCGAGAAAGGUCUGCCAUCAACUUUUGGAAGCAUCAGUCUCUAGCUGAUUUACAAACUCAUACAGGUAGGCAAGAUGAUAUUUUGAUGGUGAAAGUUUUGGAUUUGCAUGAAGAAUGUUCAAUGUUUAUAGCUUUGUGUCAGCCAUUGAGGGGAACAUCCACAGACCAUGCUAUUGAAAAUGAUGCAUGCUCCAGUAAAACACCACUAAAGGUUUUAUUCACAAGCGAAACAGCAUUACACCUUGGGAUCUGUGCAGGUGAUUCUGUUCACAUCUAUCCACCAUGUUUUCUGUGGAUGGAAAUUCUUAACUCAUUGAUGGUUUCACUGCUUCUGUACAGCGAUAUUGGCAUCACAGUCAUUUUAGCAUUAGGAAAGGUGAAAUCCAUGUCACAGAGAUCAUUGAAUUUUUGCGGGCUGGUUCCUUUGAGGCAAAAACUUGAUAUCCAGGAUGGAAACACUUGUGCUAUUUUAUGCACUUACUUCAGUCAGAAAAUGAUUACUGGAACAAAGUCUGAUUAUUGCUGUCCGGGAAAAUCAGUGGUGUUCAGGAAAGCUCCAAUGUCUUUAAGUGUGAAAUUUAACCUUACUGAUUCAAGAGAAAAAUGUUAUUCCGUUGAUCAGGAUACAACAAUCAGGAAUGUCGGAAGUCUAUUCCCGAUUCCACAGGAGGAGGUAAUGAAAGUGUUGGACUUUAAGCAUCAUUUGUCAACUGUCAAUGUAUGUGACUCACUUCUCGAAGUAAUUGAAAGCCAGGGAGCAGCAGGAUGGGCAAAACAAAACUUGAAAGUUGUUAUUCAGAGAGUGUACUGUCUUCCUAUUAAAGAGGUUCUUCACAAUCAAUUGGUCAGAAACAACCAACAAGAUCAUCCUCUACCUUCAAAUGUAGGUCAACAAAAUGCAAGGUUAUGUUUUCUAGUGCAAGAUAUGUAUGGUUUAUUUGGUGAAGUUCAUCAUCAUACAUUCUGCUCAUUGGAAGAGGACAUGCAGAUUCAAAGUGCCUGCUGGGAAGGAAAGGAAUGCUAUCUAACGGGAAUGAAGGUUCUACAGAGAACAACAAGAGGGAGGUCUUUAGGACUGUUCAGUCUGAUUGAUAGUCUUUGGCCUCCACUGAUUUCUCCAAAGGUCCAUGGCCAAAGCCAAGGCAGCCAAGAGUCCAUAGAUUUGAUUACUGAUGUGCAGUUGCCUGCUCCAAGUUUUUGCUAUGUCCUUGCACCUCUUCCAGGAGAGGGGGGAAUAAAGGUGCUUCAAAAUGAAAAUGUCUCUGACCUCUACCGGCCAUCAGCAUCGCACAAUUUAAAGCAUAUUCUUCAGCAUGUUCCUGAACAACAUCGAUGUAGUUUCAGUGCAGAAGUCAUUUACACCAGAUUCCAGGAUCAAACUGCCUACCACCAAAAAAGUAAGGACUUUUGGCUGUUUGUGAUUGAUUCAUCACUGCAGUCUGCAGGUCAUGAUUCCGGAGUACCUAAAACACUCUCAGUCUAUGUUACAUCAAGCUGCAUUCUCGGUCUUGAAGUUAUUAAAUCACUGAAUGAUGAAACAUCCAGCAACAUUUUCUUCAAGGAUGCCAUAAUCGAGAAAGGCUUUAUUGUGUGUGCUGAAGGUACCAUACUUUCAGUCAACAAAUUGGUGUUGCAAAGUGAUGAAAAUGAGAGAAUUUCUUCAUUGACUGGAAACAUUGUCCUCAAUGAACUCAAUGCUUUGACCAAAGUAAAUUCUUUAUGUACAGUCCAAGGAAAUGUGGUUGGUGUUGAUGAGGCUAAUGCUUUUUCGUGGAUAGCUUGCAAUAGAUGUGGAAAUGGAAAACUGGAAAAGAAACAUGGAGAAAGUGAAUCAUUUUACUGCUGUCUAUGUGCCCAGUCUGUGAUGACACCGUUUACAAAAAUGCAAUUGGAAGUAUUUCUGCAGUAUCCAGACCUACCCCAUAGUACCAUAAAAAUCAAGCUUCUAGAACCAAGUAUUUCAUCUCUUCUGCUGCAUUCAUCCAGUGAUGAAGGGGGCUAUGAGGUAGACGGUGUACUUGGCCAGGAGUUGGGACCUCUCAGCUGCUACGUCCGCUCUGUAACACAUCAGCCAGCAAGCUGGAUUGGAUUAGAGGAAGUUAGUUUGCUAUACACUCAGUGAAAAUGAAAUUCUUGGUCAUCAGCAUUUGUUGUGUAUUGGUAGCUACAACUGCAUUUCUUAAAGUUUCUGAUGUGAAGAUCUAUUUCAUUAAAUAUUUAUAAAUGAUGCAUUGUAAAUAAAA